AUGCAUCUUUUAAAACUGAACACUUUAUGUCAAAAGUUCCUAGACGUACUUGCAGAAUAUUCAACAGCUCAAACAAACUACAAAGAAAGAAAAAAGAAACUUUUAAAAAGACAAUUAGAAAUAACAGGUCAACAAGUGAACGAAGAACAACUGGAAGAAAUGAUUGAAGAAAACAGAGCUGUUUUUACUAAAGACUACAUUGUGCAAGUGGAGAAAGCAAGAGAAGACUUGACAGAUGUCAAAGAACGAUGCUCAGAGCUUCUGAAGAUAGAGACUAGUCUACGGGAAUUGAAUGAUAUGUUACUUAGCCUUUCCAUAUUAAUAAGCAAUCAGGGAGAUAUCGUCGAUUCGAUAGAGCGGCAUGUCGCUCUGGCGUCAGCUGAUGUCAAAGAUGGCAAUAAAAAAGUGGAAAGAUCAGUGCGGAAGCAAAGAAAGAUACGGAAAACCAAAUUCCUUAUCAUAGCUGUGGUGAUUUUAAUAGUGUGUGUGCUGAUUGGAAUCCUUGUAUUGACAAGUUAGCAAGAAGAUUAAUCCUGAAAAGGCAAGAAACUCCGAAACUUCUGUAAAUAGUGUUCUUCUGUGAAAAAUAAACGAAUACUUAUUCUUGAAAAUUUAAAA